UCUGCACUUUGCACUUUUUGGUUAAAUCUUGAUUUAAUCACCAUAGCCUUGACUUAAAAUUUUCUUGUAUAUCUUUCGGAUGCUGGCAUUAUUUCUUAGUAACAUUUAGACAGUCGAACCUUACACAGCUUAUUAGUACAAAAGUCUCUGAAAAAACAAAAUGCCGAAGCCAACAGUGGAUACAUCUUACAUUCUCUCAAGGGGGUCUAGUAAUUUGUCGAUGGUUCCUGAAGAUGAUGAAUUUGACGAUCUGGAAGAAGGCACUGAACAAAUGAGUCGAUUCAGCCUAACCGCUAGCCUAACGCGCACGCAGAGCGUGUUAAUGGACUACAGACAGUUCAAGGCAGCUCGCACAAUUCAGCGUUUCGUACGCGGCUGGCUGGUGCGCCAUCAUCUCAGAAAAGCCCAGGAGUGGGCGAUUGUCAUCCAGAAAUGGUGGCGACGUUUCCAGGCCCAAAGAAAUCUGAACAGUGUGGCCGAAAAGGUCCUGCAAUCGACUAUUUUGGCCCACUAUGACAGGUCUGCCACCCUAAUCCAGACCCUUUAUCGCGGCUGGUGGUCGCGAAAACACGUCUUCGACCUCACCAUGCUCAAGACCCUACAAAACACUCUGGCAAAGGACCUCGUCCACACUCUGGUCAAGUAUAUGUACCUUAUGAAGCGAUCUGAUCUAAUGCCAGGAAUUUACACAAUAAAAGAGUCGGGCAUGUGUCUUAAAACAUUGGAGCAACUGAUGUCAACGUUCGGCUUUCGCUACUUUAACGCUCAGGCCUGCUACAUAAUGAACAAGUCCUUGUCAACGGUGGCUCAGGGGCGUAAGGCGUUUGGAAGCUGUGUCGAUUUCACCGAUGUACCAUAUUCCGGAUUCAAUGACAAGGGCAUGUGCGUGAAUCGGAACUAUUCCGUUGCGAAUUUAAACGCAACGGAACCCGAACACUUCGAAUUGGUUCAGACGUUCCUGGCUGGUCAUCGGAAGAUGGAUAUGGCAGUAACGGUUAAGCUUGAUAAGAUUGCAGCCUCCGCGGUGGAAGAACUUCGACUUAAGCAUUCAAAGGAGCGAAACAACAACAAAAAAAGUUUCAUUAGGCGCAUUAUUCUUGAAAUGCAAAACUGGCACCAUCCAGAUGGGGAACCAAUUCUGCCCAGCGCCAUAUUCAAGAAAAAUGAACUGGAUGCAGUGCUGCACAAUGCAAAGAAGACCCUGGAAUCUCUUUUUGGGCAACUAGAACCGUGUGUUUGUCCCACAACCGAGGACUUAUCCUACCUUGAAAAUCUUUAAGAAAUUAUUCUUAGAUUUGUAUAUUUUUUAUUGAGUGCAAGGCUUAAAAAUAUGGAGUACUUUAAA